AUUUAUACUUAUACCUAUAGACUUUAGCCCCCAAUUCUCCAGGCCCUGAAUUAUUUUUAUAACUUAUUUAAAAGUGGGCUACACAUUAACAGCUUCUUCUUCAACUACGCUAUUGGAAUUUAGAAAUUAGUUCAGACAGAGAGGAAUGGUAAACGAAAUCGAUAACGAUAACUUCUUUUAAACUUCUGAAAUCACGUUGAUUGCUUCUAUUCAUUUGCAAAUCUCGUGAUCUCUUCAAAAUUGCGAAAGUUCUUCAAAACUUCUCACCAAAGUUCAUUCUUGAAGAACGAUUUAUCUCACUUUUGCGAUCAUGUAACACCCUAAAUCACGUCCAGCAAGUUCAAUCUCAAAUAACCACACAUGGGUUCGAGCACAAUCAGUUUAUCACGCCACGACUCGUGUCUGCGUGCGCUAAGUUCAAAAACAUGGGUUAUGCACGCCAGUUGUUCGACCAAAUGCCUGACCCAAACAUUGCUCCAUGGAACGCCUUGUUCAAAGGGUAUAUCGAUAACGAGAUGUACAUGGAUGUAGUGGUUUUAUUUGGGCAUAUGAUACAUGUUAAUGUGAAGCCCAAUUACUUUACAAUCCCCAUGGUUUUGAAAUCGUGUGUGAAGUUAUCGGCUUUGAGAGACGGUGAAAGAGUACACUGUUUUGUCGUAAAGGUUGGGUUUAAGUCGAACCCGUUUGUCGGGACAACGUUGAUUGAUAUGUAUUGUAGUGGGGGUAAGGUUGGUUAUGGAUAUAAAGUUUUUAGUGAGAUUACAUUGAGGAAUGUAGUCACGUGGACGUCGAUGAUUCGUGGGUACAUUUCAUGUGGGGACGUAAGAUCCGCACGCCAACUGUUUGAUGUAUCGCCUGAACGAGAUAUUGUAAUGUGGAACAUUAUGGUUUCUGGUUAUAUAGAAUGUGGUGACAUGGGUGCAGCUAGAAAGCUAUUUGAUGUAAUGCCGAAUCAAGAUUUAAUGUCGUGGAACACUUUACUGAACGGGUAUGCAAAUAACGGGGAUAUGGAGGGGUGCGAGAAACUAUUUAACGAGAUGCCCGAGAAAAACUUCUUUUCUUGGAAUGGGUUGAUUAAUGGAUAUGCUCAUAAUAACCGGUUCAUGGAAGUUCUUGAUACGUUUAAAACGAUGCUAAACGAGUCCAACGUGCAGCCGAACGACGCGACACUAGUAAGCGUGUUAUCCGCUUGCUCAAAGCUAGGAGCUUUAGAAUUGGGUAAAUGGGUGCAUUUAUACGCGGUAAACAAUGGGUAUAGAGAUAAUACAUACGUAGGAAACAGUUUAAUAGAUAUGUAUGCAAAAUGUGGCGUGAUCACAAGUGCGGUUGAUGUGUUCAUGACUAUGAGUAAAAAAGAUUUGAUUUCAUGGAACACGGUUAUAAACGGGUUAGCAAUGCACGGUCAUGGACCCGAUGCCUUGAGAAUUUUUCACGAGAUGAAAAGUUCGAAACAGAAACCAGACGGUAUAACGUUCAUAGGUGUCAUUUGCGCUUGUUCGCACAUGGGCUUAGUUAAAGAUGGAUUUAGAUAUUUUAACUCUAUGGUAGAUGAAUACUCGAUUAAUCCGCAAAUCGAGCAUUAUGGUUGUAUGGUUGAUCUAUUAUCUCGAGCUGGUUUGAUAGAAGAAGCGGUCGAGUUCGUUAAUAAGAUGCCGAUAAAACCCGAUAAUGUUAUCUGGACCAACUUAUUAGGGGCGUCGAGAACUUACAAAAACAUUAAAGUGGCUGAAUUGUGUCUUCAACGUCUUAUUGAACUUGAACCCGAGAACCCGUCUAACUAUGUGAUGCUGUCGAAUAUAUACGGAGAUGCUAAACGGUGGGCUGAUUUGGCCCGAUCAAAAGUUGCAAUGAGGAACACCGGGGCUAAGAAGUUACCGGGCUGCAGCUUGAUUGAGGUGGAUGAUGGUGUGGUUGAGUUCUAUGCAUUUGAUGAGAGGCAUUCAAAGACAGAAGAGAUAUAUUCUGCUUUAAAAAGCUUGAUAAAACUGUCAAAAGAUACUAUUUAUAUGCAACAACUUAUGGAACAUUAGGAUCAUUUGAUUUCAUACCACUGAAUCUUGUGAUAGGGUGGUUUUCUGAUUUGUGGUAAUGUUAUAUUAAUUAUUUUGCUAUUGUUUAUUUAGAGCUAUUCUAUAUCCCAACUGGGCUGAGUUCAAUUUGA